CACCGUCUAUAGGGCGCUACCAUGGCCGCCAAUGGCGCGUCUUCUAUCUCUGUCACCGUGCGAGUCCGCCCGUUUACUAUCCGAGAAGCUGCGCAAUUGACAAAGAGCGAUGAUCAAACGUUGUUCCUUGGGGAUGGCUCUUUGGCUGCGGUACCGAUGCCUAGAUUGCAUUCAAAGGGCAUCCGACCUGUAAUCAAGGUCCUGGACGAAAAGUGCUUGAUCUUCGACCCCCCAGAAGACAACGCAGUUCAACGAUUCGGACGAUCGACGGUGGGCCCUCAGGGCAAACGGGUGAAAGACCAAACUUUCGCAUUCGACCGAGUGUUCGACGAUACCACGUCGCAAGGCGAUGUCUACGAAUCAACGACAAAACCCCUGCUGGACAGCGUUCUGGACGGAUACAAUGCAACUGUGUUUGCGUAUGGCGCCACAGGGUGUGGAAAGACGCACACCAUCACGGGUACGUCACAGCAACCGGGUAUCAUCUUCAUGACUAUGCAAGAACUGUUUGAGAAGAUACAAGAGGUGCAGGAAGUCAAGGUUACGGAAAUCACGCUCUCCUACCUUGAAAUCUACAAUGAGACAAUUCGCGACUUGCUAGUGGAGGGGGGUAGCAAACAGACUCUGAUGUUGCGGGAAGAUGCGAACCAGGCUGUUUCCGUCGCUGGUCUUUCCAGCCAUCGCCCACAUAAUGUGCAAGAAGUCAUGGAUAUGAUCGUGCGCGGCAAUGAGUACCGAACAAUGUCCCCAACCGAAGCGAACGCAACGUCCUCACGAUCACACGCUGUCCUACAAAUCAAUGUAUCAUCUAAAGACCGCAACGCCUCGGUCAAUGAACCUCACACCAUGGCUACUCUUAGUAUCAUCGAUUUGGCUGGCAGUGAGCGGGCGAGCGCAACCAAAAAUCGCGGAGAACGUCUCAUCGAAGGCGCCAACAUCAACAAGUCCUUGCUCGCUUUGGGAAGCUGUAUUAAUGCUUUGUGCGAUCCGCGAAAACGCAACCACAUCCCCUAUAGGAAUUCGAAGCUCACACGAUUACUGAAGUUCUCACUUGGAGGAAAUUGCCGGACCGUUAUGAUCGUUUGCGUCAGCCCGUCCAGCGCCCAUUUCGAUGAGACGCAAAACACCCUGCGAUAUGCCAACCGCGCGAAGAACAUCCAGACUAAAGUUACAAAGAACGUGUUCAACGUCAAUCGCCACGUGAAAGACUAUCUCGUGAAGAUCGACGAGCAGAGGCAUUUGAUCGACGAGUUGAUGAAGAAGCAAAAGGACGUGGAAGGCAGCGCACUUGUGAAAUUCCAGAAACAGAGCGAGAAGAAGGAUAACAUCCUACGAGACGCCGUUGCGCGGCUGCGCCAGGCCUAUGCGGACUCAGAGACGGAACGCAGAGAUCGACUGAAUAUGAUGAAGACACUGAAGCAGGCUGAAAAGCGCAUCGCGCUCAUCUCAUCCUGGAUAGCAGCGUUUGAUAACGUUAGAGACGUUCGCGAAAACGAAGAGAUGCCCUCACAAGUCACAGCUAUGAGGGACACGGCGGUUGGCAUAUCAGCGGAACUUGAGCAAACACGACAACAUUGCCAUCGACGCAUGGAACGCACAAACUGGACGAGCAAACUGGAUACCGCCCUACAAGUCGGUCUGAGGGGACUGAACGAGGUGGAUGGCAGCACUGAUAAUCAUGAUACUGCCAACUUGACAAAGGAGUACGAGUUGCUCAAGUCGAACGCGGAUAGAGAAGUUCUCAAUGCGCUACUGGAUCAAGAUAAGGGUGGUGACGCUGCGAUUGUGCAAGUGCUUGUGCAGGCGCACAUCGAGACGGUCACUAUUCUAAGCCAGAUCACGCAGUUGAAUGAGGCCGAAGCGGUGGAGACUGCGAGAAAGCUUCUUACUAAGAUUAUGAAUUCUUGCACGAAUGCAACGGCUCAAGCAAUUCGGCCAGACGGCGGUCUUCCAGUGACUGAGUUCUUCGCACCAAGCCAUAAGGGCACCCCAAAAAGGAGGAAGCCAGUCGAAAUCAUGGCGCCGUCCCCUAUGCGGCCACUUGCUUUACAGACGGAAGCACCGAACCUCAACUCAUCGCCCAUGAAAGGUUCGCCGCGCCGUAGGAAAAUGGGUGGGGUGAAGAAAGGCGUUCAGUUCUCGCCGAUGAAGAAGAGGUCACCGUCCAAGACCAAGCGUGGGGUGCGCUGGAGGGACGAUACCGAGAACGGGACGCUGGCGGAGUUCCAGAAAACACCAGAGCACGUCGAGUCCACACCGACGAACUCCUCGAUUGAGCUACCACCACCGCCCAGCUUCUCGGCGCCUGUCGUACCAUUACCGACGGAUCAGAACGGAUCCUCGCCAAUACCAACGCCUCCAAAGGCGUCUGUAGAUCUCAAACGCUCGAAUCGGUUCGCAUUGGGCGCCUUGUCCAAAGGAAUAAGCGCGGCUCCUGCUCCCCAAAUCGGUGCAUAUUCGUCCGACUCAGACAACACAUCACCCUUGCGUGAGAUUGGUGGCAAUGUCCGCACCUCGUCGUUGAGUACCGUAGAGAACGCAAACUCAAUGCCAGCUGAGAACAGCGGCAACUCCAGCUCGGAGGAGGAGAAGUGGACAAACGCAGAUGCACGCAAGAUUGGAUCUGCCAUCAAGCGCCGCUCCUCAACAAACCAAGGCUCCAUCCCCAUCAGCCGCGCUCAUCACCAUCGUAGUCCCACUGCAACGUCCUACAGUCCACCAAAUGAGAACUCAAUGUUCUCAGCCAGUGCGGCGCGUCGCAUGGUUGUCAAGAGUAACCACGAUGCUGACUGGAAGAGCAGCGUUCUCAGUCCGCGAACUACGCCUAUCAUGAAGGGCGCUGUGAGGCGGACAACGAUGGCGGUGGCGGGGGAGGAUAGCGAAUCAGCGAGCUUGAACCGCGCGCCUGUGCGGAUUAGUAGCAAUUCUUCGAACGGUUCGAGAGGUAGUCUUGCGCCCGGCUCUAAGAGUGUUUGGCGUUGAUGGCUUCUUUUCUGACUGACAUGGUUACAGUGUGUCCGGGUCCUUGAUGUCUUUCCACAAUUGCUUUUCCUGCGGUCCAGGCUCGGCCCUGGUCCUCUUGUUGCUUAUUGGCAAGCGGCGUUGUUUGGAAUGGUCAUGGUCGAGUUUUUUUCCUUGGAAAAUCCGUAUUCGAAAGCAUUACUGAACGGCCGGUUGGUGUUUUGGAUGUUCUGCCAAUGGCAGCGGUUUUGGAGUUUUUGAUUAGCGGGCAUUAGAGCUCUGUCUCUCUUGUGCUUUGAGAAUAAGAGCGUUAGCAUAUUUAUACUGUCUGUUAAUAGCAUGUCUACUCCUGAUAGAGUCGUUCUUCAUCGAUUGUUCGUGCUCUCUCCCUCUCUUAGUUAGAUUCACUUCUACCCCU